UUAAAGCGAAGGCAGGAGCCGCCCGGGAGGAGGCUGGCCUGAUCCGCGCCCUCUGCUGCGCCUUGCCAUGGCCGGCUUUCGCCCCGGCCUGAGAGACACCUUGCUGAGCCUUCUGCUGUUCUUGCUGAAGGCUCCAGCUCCUGCUCCGGCUGCAUCCAAGGCCGUCGUCUGCCAGGAGAUCACCGUGCCCAUGUGCAAGGGCAUUGGCUACAACCUGACCUACAUGCCGAACCAGUUCAACCACGAUACCCAAGACGAAGCUGGCCUGGAAGUGCACCAGUUCUGGCCCCUGGUGGAGAUUCAGUGCUCUCUGGAUCUGAAAUUUUUCCUGUGCAGCAUGUACACGCCCAUCUGCUUGCUGGACUACGCCAAGCCUCUGCCGCCCUGCCGGUCAGUGUGUGAGAGGGCCAAAGCUGGGUGCUCUCCUUUGAUGAGGCAGUACGGCUUUGCCUGGCCGGAAAGGAUGAACUGUGAUAAGCUGCCCGUUCCAGGAGACACCGAGAUGCUGUGCAUGGAUCACAACCAGACGGAGCCUACAACCUUGCCCCCAUUGUUUACCAAGCCCACCCGCUCUUCCAAAGGAAUCCACAAAAAUCUCAGCCCCCUAACCAGUGGUGACUGCAAGAGAGUAUGCGCCUGCAAAGAGCCCUUAGUCUUCAUUUCCCAAGAAACUCACCCGCUCUACAAUAAGAUCGAGACCGGCCGGGUGCGCAAUUGCGCCAUUCCUUGCUUCCAGCCCUAUUUUACCCAAGAUGAAAAAACCUUUGCUACCUUCUGGAUCGGCUUGUGGUCCGUCCUUUGUUUCAUCUCCACUUUCACCACAGUGGCCACCUUUCUGAUUGACAUGGAAAGGUUCAGGUACCCUGAGCGCCCCAUCAUCUUUUUAUCAGCCUGCUAUCUCUUUGUAUCCAUUGGCUACAUCAUCCGGCUGAUUGUGGGCCAUGCCAGUGUGGCCUGCAACAAAGAUUACAACCACAUACACUAUGAAACCACAGGGCCUGCCCUCUGCACUGUGGUGUUCCUCUUGAUCUAUUUCUUUGGCAUGGCAAGCUCCAUCUGGUGGGUCAUCUUGUCUCUUACCUGGUUUCUGGCAGCUGGGAUGAAGUGGGGGAAUGAAGCCAUUGCUAGCUACUCGCAGUAUUUUCACAUGGCAGCCUGGCUUCUUCCAAGUGUAAAGUCUAUUACUGUUUUGGCCCUGAGCUCAGUCGAUGGGGACCCAGUAGCUGGGAUCUGCUAUGUGGGUAAUCAGAACGUGGACAAGCUGCGGGGUUUUGUCCUCGCUCCGCUGGUGGUGUACCUCUUCACCGGGACCAUGUUUCUGCUGGCUGGUUUUGUAUCCCUCUUCCGAAUUCGGAAUGUGAUUAAACAAGGGGGCACAAAGACGGACAAGCUGGAGAAGCUGAUGAUUCGUAUCGGGAUCUUCACUGUUCUUUACACUGUCCCAGCCACCAUUGUGGUGGCUUGCUACAUCUACGAGCAGCACUACAGGGAGAGAUGGGAGAUGGCUCAGAAUUGCUCUUGCCCUGGGGACAAGUCCAGACCGAAGCCUGACUAUGCUGUUUUUAUGCUCAAGUACUUCAUGUGCCUGGUGGUGGGCAUCACCUCUGGGGUCUGGAUUUGGUCAGGCAAGACACUGGAGUCUUGGAAGCAGUUCACAGGUCGAUGCUGCAGGGGAGGGAAGCCCGUGAGCGCCACCAUGUACAGUGAAGCCAACAUAGCACUGACGGGCCGGACUGGGCUUGCCACUUCUGCUUCUUACCACAAACAGGUUCCCCUGUCCCAUGUGUGAAA